AUGACUCCACAGGAGAGGAUGAAAAUCAAAGACCUGAAGAGGUGCGAUUUCAGCGACAUCCAUAACUACUUUCUGGAAAAGCAAGAAGCCCAGAAGGCUUUGCCCAAGGAAGAGAAACAGAGGUUGAAAGAGGAGGCAGAAAGAAUCCAGGAGGAAUACGGUUACUGCGUAAUUGAUGGGCAUCGGGAGAAGAUCGGGAAUUUCAAAACCGAACCUCCGGGUUUAUUCCGGGGCCGUGGGGAUCACCCCAAAAUGGGGAUGCUGAAGAAGAGGAUAAUGCCGGAAGACGUCAUCAUCAAUUGUAGCAA